ACUUUCGACAACUUCGAGAAAGAAAAAGAAAAAAGGAUCAGAACUGAACCUAGAGCGCAAGCCCGACCCUCUGCUUCGAAACCUGUGACCCUUUUUCGCAUUGCGACUUCGUAUUUGAGGUCCUUUGGCAAAAAAGCAAAACAACAAGGACGACAAGAAAGAAAAGUUCCUGAGCGACUCACCUCCCAUAUCGCCAAAAUGUCCGCCAAGUCCAUUCUCGAGGCUGAUGGCAAGGCCAUCCUCAACUACCACCUCACCCGCGCCCCCGUCCUCAAGCCCUCUCCUCUGCCCACACCGACCAAGCACAACCCGCCCCCAAGACUGGCGUCUCUGCACUUCCCAGAGGACAAGAGCGUCGAGGACGUCCUGAACCAGGCCGAGGUCACCUACCCCUGGCUGCUCCAGGACGGCGCCAAGUUCGUCGCGAAGCCUGACCAGCUCAUCAAGAGGCGAGGCAAGAGCGGUCUGCUCGCCCUGAAUAAGACCUGGCCUGAGGCCAAGGCCUGGGUUGCUGAGCGCGCCGGAAAGUCCCAGAAGGUCGAGCACGUCGAGGGCGUCCUGCGCCAGUUCCUCGUCGAGCCCUUCGUGCCUCACCCUGCCAACACCGAGUACUACAUCAACAUCAACUCCGUCCGCGAUGGCGACUGGAUUCUCUUCACACACGAGGGAGGUGUUGAUGUUGGCGAUGUCGACGCCAAGGCUGAGAAGCUCUUGAUUCCUGUCGACCUGUCAGAAUAUCCUUCCAAUGAUGAGAUCGCAAAGUCCCUGCUCAGCAAGGUCCCCAAGGGCGUGCACAAUGUCCUGGUCGACUUCAUCACCCGCCUGUACGCCGUCUACGUUGACUGCCAGUUCACCUACCUCGAGAUCAACCCCCUCGUCGUCAUUCCUAACGAGGAUGCCACCUCGGCCUCUGUGCACUUCCUGGAUCUUGCUGCCAAGCUUGACCAGACCGCCGACUUUGAGUGCGGCGUGAAGUGGGCCAUUGCCCGGUCACCCGCAGCCCUCGGCCUUACUAAUGUCGCUCCUGCGAGCGGUGCUAUCAACAUCGAUGCUGGCCCGCCGAUGGAGUUCCCUGCCCCCUUCGGCCGUGAGCUGACCAAGGAGGAGGCCUACAUUGCUGAGCUUGAUGCCAAGACGGGCGCUUCCCUGAAGCUGACCGUCCUGAACCCCAACGGCCGUAUCUGGACUUUGGUCGCUGGUGGUGGUGCCUCCGUCGUGUACGCCGACGCCAUUGCCUCUGCUGGCUUCGCUGACGAUCUCGCCAACUACGGUGAAUAUUCUGGUGCGCCUACCGAGUCGCAGACCUUCCACUACGCCCGCACUGUGCUGGACCUGAUGCUGCGUGCUCCCCUGUCGGACCAGGGCAAGGUUCUGUUCAUCGGUGGUGGUAUUGCCAACUUCACCAACGUUGCCUCCACCUUCAAGGGUGUGAUCCGCGCGCUCCGCGAGUACGCCAAAGCGCUCAACGAGCACAACGUCAAGAUCUGGGUCCGCCGUGCUGGUCCCAACUGGCAGGAGGGCUUGAAGAACAUGAAGGCCGCCACCACCGAGCUUGGUCUCGACUGCCACAUCUACGGUCCCGACAUGCACGUGUCUGGUAUCGUCCCCCUGGCGCUCAAGCCUGGCGAGUUUGAGAAGUCCACGGUGGCGGAGUUCUCUAGUUAAGUGAAGCCGUAGGGGGGACAGCGAGAUGCGAUGAUUGUUUGGGGGGAGUAAACAGAAGAAGGAAGGGUUCGAAGACCAAUGUGUGGGCGAGCACGGGGGAAUGGCGCGGUUUAUAGAUGCAUUGCUACCGAAACGUUAAGCCUUCCACACCGCCUGUUUCUUUUCAUUCUUCUUUUGAUAUUACCUCUCAUGUACACCGGUGCUGGGGCGCUGCUGGGCGGAUUUUCAACCUACAUGAUGUCAACCAAAGGCGGCGGUAGCGGUGUGUUGUUGGAGAAGGGAGAGGAGGAUCUCCAUCCGGGGGUCCAGAGCGAAAACUUUCGAAUGUUGGAGGUACCCAAAUAUAGAGCUUGGACUGUAAUGUGAUCUCUUCUUGAGG